UUUAGCAAGAAUAAACGUCGACAAGAAGCAUAGACUGUUCAAGCCCUUACAAGAAAACAUGUGCAUUGUUUUGUCGUUCUUCAUCUAAGUUGAUACAUCGAGGCCGACACAAUGGCUACUUCUUUGAAGCAGGCUGUCCAUAAGAACCUGGAGUGUCCUGUCUGCCUGAGCUUCUUCAAGGACCCCAAGAACCUGACCUGCUCCCAUACCUUCUGCAAGGGUUGUCUUGAGACUGUCCUAGCGUCUCAUCGGAAGCUGUUAUGUCCUACAUGUAGGGAGGAGACUUCGGUUCCUGGUGGAGACGUGGGUAGACUGAAACCAAACAUAAUAGUCCGAUCACUUGUUGAAGAUGUGGAGACACAGGGCCAUUCCAACUGUAAUCAAGAAGACAAAUCAUUGCCCCCAAAAUGGAACAAAUGUCAAAAGCAUCCAACCGACGAUGAAGAAUGCUUUUGUCUUAACUGUAAGAAGUACGUCUGCUUCAAGUGUGGCAUGUUAGAGCAUGCAAAGGAUGCUCACACUAUCCUGGAAGCAGGCGUACAUGAAACUGCGCAAAAUAAUACCAUUGAGGAACUUGCAUUUAAAGCAGAUGCAAAGAUACGCAACGUUGACAAGUAUGUUACAUUCGUCGUAGACCAGCGUAAAAGGGUGCAUAACGUACAGAAACAACUUAAUGGUGAAAUAGAUGAGACUUUCGAGGAAUCAGUUCAGAAGUUGAAGAGAAGAAAGACGGAGUUGGAAAAUGAAGUUGGGCACAAACUAGGUAAACUUGAGACUUCAUUGGUAAGCAUGGAGGAGUCGGGUCGUACGCAGAUAGACGAUAUUAAGAAGGUUCGGGACGUGGUUAAGAAUGGUCUUGAUAUUCCUCUCCAGACAGCGGCUCUGACCUCACAUAAAGCGACAUGUCAACAGCUGGAAGAGCUUCUAAGCCGAAUUAGGCCAGAUGAGGAGCUGCCCAGAAGAACUGCUGAGGAAGGUGAACGAAUUCGCUUCAGGAGUGUCGGAUCGGAUGGACUAAUGCAGUUGGGUCAGCUAAGACAAAAUAAGUCAAAAUGGGUUCUGCGCGCGGGAGACCCCCUCCCUGAUGGAAAUAUCACCAUGACCGGAAUGGCAAUAUCACCAAACAAUGGGAUGGCUGUUGGUUGUACCAGGGGAGGAAUAUUCAUAUAUUCUUCUGAGGGCAUCAUACAAGAUACCGUUCUGAAAUCUGUUAAAGUUCUGGACUUAGACUUCAUGCCUGAUGGUGGAUACGUCAUACGCAACACUAAUAACAUAAUUUCCUUGUACACAGAGCUUCGUGAAAAGCUUGGUGUAACGUUUGAGACAAUGGAUGUUGCGAAAGGUGGGCUUGGUGGUCUCACUGUAGGGAAGGACGGGCUAAUCUUCGUAGGUUACAGAAAAGUUGACAAAAUACAGGUAUUUAAGCCAGAAGGUGGGAAGGCAAUUAGAGAGAUAACGUACAACGGAAAUACACUAUGGCAGAUGUUUGCGAUGACAUCCAGUCAAGCGAUUGUCGUUAAGAGUAGUUGGGAUACAGUAGGAAUGAUCAACGAUGUGUCUGGUGCUAUUAUUCAUAGCAUUAGCAAACUUAACGCCAUCGCUAUCCCUGCUGUGUAUCAGGAUGAUUCAGUUAUCAUCGCAUGGGUUAAGAGCGAUCAGGGUCUGCUGAGCAUCGUUCAGUACACAAAAGAGCUCAAAUACAUCAAAAACAUUCUCACUGAUUUCAAGAUAAUCAAACCUAUUCGAGCUUGGUACUAUUUGCAAGCAUUCAAGACGGGGGAGAUUGCUUUCUGCACUUCUGAUAGGUUUUACAUCUUCCAUGAGACAUUGGAGUAAAUUUCAGUUUUGCAGAUGAAAAUAAGAUUUAAGAUUGUUACUAGGUCAAGGGAAAACAAAUGCACCGUAUCAAUACUAUCUUCUCUUGCGUGCCAUGGUCCCCGUUGUCACAGCUCAUAGUCGUCACCAACAUACACAAGUUCACCAUUCACUCUGACUGCGCUGCUUGAUUGUUGGUAGAGUGCUUGAAGUAUAAUUUAGGUGUAUAUAUUUUGACGAAUAUCCAAAGAAGUUCAUUGCUUUCCACAGACCUUGCUGCCAGACCGAGUCGAAUGCCUUUUCGUAAUCGAUGGAGCAGCAUAGGAGACUCUGAUUUCUUUCAAGGCGUUUUUCCAUCAUUUGUCUCAGGAUGAACAAUAAUGGUGGAGCGUCCUGGACAGAAUCCAGUUUGUGCUUCGGACAGCACUUCUUCUUUGUUCUUCAUGAUUCUUUGCUGGAUGAUGAUACUGAACUUUUUCCCUGCAUGGCUAAGGAGGCUAAUACCCCGGUAGUUUCCACAAUUGAGUUUGUCUCUUUCCUGUAGAUUGGAGUUAUUAUGGCCUUUCCCCAGUCAGCCGGAAAAGUUUCUUCCCGCCAUAUUUUAUUGCACAAUUUGUGGAGUAUGGUGAUACCUGUUGACCCAGCAGCUUUGAGUUACUCUCCUGUGAUGCUGUCAAAUCCAGGUGCUUUCUCUUUUGCGAGUUUCCGAACAGCGUAUUCUACUUCAUCUCGCAGAAUGUCUUGAACUAGGUCGAGGCUGGUCAUCUGAGGUAUGUUAGUAGCUUCUCCAUUUGUUUGGUUCUGGUUAUUGUACAGUUCUUCAAAGCUUACUUUCCAUCUCUAUUUCAUGUCUUUCAUCUCGGUAAAGAUUUCUCCAUCUUUGCUUUUCACUGCCUGCUUUCCGAUGUUAGAUUUCUUGGUGAUUUGUUUAAUUGUUGUAUAGACUGCGUUAGAUUUGGUAGCCUGACGUGAGGUUCACACUUUUGUGCACAGAUCUCGUAUCCAUUUGUUUUUGCAGCCUUUUGUUUUCCUUUGUAUUUCUCUGAUAAGGAAGUUGUAUCUCAGUCUUUUAUUUGGGUCUCUUUAUUCAUCUUAUUUAGCUUCCUUUCUCUCCUAACUUCACUCCUCUCCUAGCCACCCUGGUCUGUUUGUCCCUGUUGUACGAGUCAACAGGUUAACCGUCUCCGCCACGAGAAGGUUGACCAGGACGAUUAUCCGUACUCUCACAAGUCGGUCAUAUAACCCUCACAUUUUGCUUGUUACAGCAGUUUGCUACCCGGGAUGUCUCAUACUUGUAUGGUCCACCAAAUUUGUUACAAAAUGGUAAGAUAGUAGGCCCUACAGACUUUUAGGGGGGGGGGGGACUCUAUUUGUACUAUUAAAUUAUUUUUCUCAAAAUAUUACAAUGUAUCUGAUUAUGCAAGGUACAAUAUGCAAAUUGUCCAUGUUUGUUUACUUAACUCAUGUAUUGGUAAUGGUUAUGAAGGCACAAUUCUAUUUUUAUUUCUUUGUGUAUUUGUUUCAAGGACACUUUUAUAAUUUAGGACAUCAUUUAAUUUUAUAUAUCCAUCGUUGUUCACUGGAACGAUGCGUAUCAAUUGUGAACUGAAUGAACUUACUUAAGGUCCUUUCUCUGCAUAAUCCCUAAUUUUCGUACCUAAUAUCUUUUUGCUUAUAAUGCAUCUUUAAUUCAUUUAUUCGUUAAUUCAUUUAUUCAUUUAUUCAUUCAUUUGUUUAGGUUCCUUGAAUGAAAUUUCUUUGUAAAUCAGUCCAAAGACUGAUACAUUCAAAAAUGUACAUAGUUGCAUAGUUAAAAAUUAUAUAAAGAUGACAAUACAUUCUCCAAAGGAAUACAAGGUACAAAA